AUGCGCAAUUCUUACCCUUUGAACGUGACACUGCAGGCCUGCGGACUCGUUCUCGACCUCAUCCGAAUGAAGAAGUUUGCGGGAAAGGCUCUGCUCCUCGCAGGUGGUCCAGGAACCGGCAAAACCGCCCUUGCGCUUGCAGUCUCGCAAGAGCUCGGCCAAAGGGUUCCUUUCUGCCCAAUGGUCGGUUCCGAGGUCUACAGCUCCGAGGUCAAGAAGACCGAAGUACUCAUGGAAAACUUCCGCAGAGCCAUCGGCCUGCGUGUACGCGAGACGAAGGAGGUAUACGAGGGAGAGAUCACAGAGCUCACGCCCACCGAGGCCGAGAAUCCGCUUUCGGGCUACGGCAAGACCAUCGCCCACGUCGUCAUCGCUCUCAAAACAGUCAAAGGCACCAAGCAGCUGCGACUCGACCCCAGCAUCUACGAGAGCAUCAUGAAGGAGCGCAUCAGCGUCGGCGAUGUCAUCUACAUUGAAGCCAACACCGGCGCAGUCAAACGUGUCGGAAGGAGCGAUGCUUACGCGACCGAGUUCGACCUCGAAGCCGAAGAGUACGUACCGCUGCCUAAAGGCGAUGUUCACAAACGCAAGGAGGUGGUACAGGACGUGACAUUGCACGACCUCGACAUGGCCAACGCAAAGCCGCAGGGAGGUCAGGACAUCAUGAGCGUCGUUGGUCAGCUUGUCAAGGGACGAAGGACGGAAGUCACUGACAAGUUGCGCGGCGAAAUUAACCGCGUCGUCGACAAAUACAUCGAGCAGGGUAUCGCCGAGCUCGUUCCUGGUGUGUUGUUUAUCGACGAAGUGCACAUGCUCGACAUGGAGUGCUUCACCUACCUCAACCGUGCUCUCGAGUCGACCAUCAGCCCUCACGUCAUCCUUGCCACCAACCGCGGACAGUGCAUGGUACGCGGUACCGAGUAUGAGGGACCAGCAUCGGGCACCGGUAUCGUUGCGCCCCACGGAAUUCCCCUCGAUCUGCUGGACCGAUGCAUGAUCGUGCGCACGAUGCCCUACGAGAAGGACGAGAUCCGUGAGGUGCUCCGACUCCGUACCAAGGUCGAAGGUCACUUGAUCGCGGAAGAUGCACUGGAAAAGCUUACAGAGGAGGGUGUCGGAAGCUCACUGCGUUUCGCCCUCCAGCUUUUGAGCCCAUCAUCGAUCCUUGCCAAGACUGCUGGACGCUCAGAAAUCACGACGAAGGACAUCGCGGAAGCAACCGAGUUGUUCAUGGACGCUCGCCGUUCGGCCAAAAUCCUCAUGUCGAUCGGCGAAGCCACCGAAACUGUGCCGAUGGAGACGUCCUGA